AUGCCGAACUUCAAUGGCAGCUUCUCGCCCUACGCCCCGCGCCGCCGCCGCUCCCCGCUUGUAGUCCUCACGUGGGUCUCCGUCUGGCUUACCGUCCUGACACUGACAUGGUGGUUCGUGACGCGGCGCUCCUCUAGCAUAUCAGCGGCGGACCGGGAGUUCGCCGACGCCGUGAUCAAGGGCAAGGAGAUUCCCCCUGAUGCUGGUGCUUGA